AUGGCCUUCCUGUACUCUCAGCUCUUCGUGCGACCGCCUUAUCCCACUCAGUCGUUUGAAGGUCAAACAGUGCUGGUGACGGGCUCCAACGUGGGUCUCGGCUUCGAAGCUGCUCGUCAUAUCGCCCGUCUGGGCGCGGCCCGAGUCAUUCUCGGGGUCCGCAACGUUUCCGCCGGAGAAAAGGCCAAGGAGCAGAUCGAGGCUUCCACGGGCCGGUCGGGAGUCUGUGAGGUCUGGGAGGUGGAUUUGGCCUCCAACAAGUCCACGAUUGCCUUUGGCGAUCGCAUCAAUCAGCUUCCGCGACUCGAUGCUGCUAUUCUGAACGCGGCCGUGGCGACGGAACAAUUCGACCUGGUAGAGGAUUACGAGCGAACCAUCACCAUCAACGUAAUCAAUACGCUGCUGAUGGGCCUCAUGAUCCUGCCCCGGCUGAAGGCCACUGGCAAGGAGUUCCCCACAACCCAGCCACGCUUGGAGUUCGUGGUGAGCGAAGUGCACGCGUGGGUAAACUUCACCGAGUGGAAGGAGAGCGACACGCCGAUGAAGGUCGUCUCCGAUCCCACCAAGGCGAAGAUGACCGAACGAUAUAUGCUGUCCAAGUUGCUCGAAGUGUUGCUGGUGCAAGAAGUCGCCAGUCGGACUCGGGCUUCGGAUGUGGUCAUCACCAUGGUGAACCCGGGCCUGUGUCACUCAGCGCUCAAUCGUGAACGAAACUGGCAGUUGGCGAUGUUGAAAACGGUCCUGGCUCGCACUACCGAGAUUGGAUCUCGCACACUGGUCGCGGGUAUCUCAACAGGUGUUGAGGGUCAUGGCUCCUACAUGUGUGAUUCCCAGGUCUGCAAUACUGCGCUGUCUCCAUUUGUGCGCAGCGAUGAGGGAAGAGCGGCUCGUCUCACGUUGUGGAAGGAACUCACGAUGAUUCUGGAGCAAGUGCGACCUGGUAUCCUUGACAACCUCCAGUGA